CUUUCGGGGGUGUCUCGCCGUGGAGAUCCAUUCGUUGUGUCUGGGCUGCUGAGCUGAUGGCUUCCAAAUGCCUCAAGGCCGGCUUCUCUUCUGGGUCUCUCAAGAGCCCAGGCAGGGCCGGUGGGGCCUGCUCUCGCGUGCCCACGAUGUACUCCAGCAGCUCUUGCCAGCUCCCGAGUCUCUCCCGUGGGUCCCGAAGUUUCUCUGCGUGCUCGGCCGGGCUGGGCCGAAGCAGCUUCAGGGACGCCAGCUGCCUCCCUGCGCUCUGCCUCCCCGUCGGAGGCUUCGCCACCAGCUACAGCGUGGGUGGGGGCUGGUUUGGGGAGGGCCUCCUCACCGGCCACGAGAAGGAGACCAUGCAGUCCCUGAACGACCGCCUGGCCAGCUACCUGGAGAAGGUGCGCCAGCUGGAGCAGGAGAACGCCAGCCUGGAGAGCCGCAUCCGGGAGUGGUGUGACAAGCAUGUCCCCUACAUGUGCCCUGACUACCAGUCCUACUUCCGGACCAUCGAGGAGCUCCAGAAGAAGACCCUAUGCAGCAAGGCAGAGAAUGCCAGGCUGGUGGUGCAGAUUGACAAUGCCAAGCUGGCCGCAGAUGACUUCAGGACCAAGUAUGAGAUGGAGGUGUCCCUGCGGCAGCUGGUGGAGUCGGACAUCAAUGGCCUGCGCAGGAUCCUGGAUGACCUGACCCUGUGCAAGUCUGACCUGGAGGCCCAGGUGGAGUCCCUGAAGGAGGAGCUGCUCUGCCUCAAAAAGAACCACGAGGAGGAAGUGAACUCACUGCGCUGCCAGCUUGGUGACCGGCUCAACGUCGAGGUGGACGCUGCCCCCCCUGUUGACCUGAACCGAGUCCUGGAUGAGAUGAGGUGCCAGUACGAGACCCUGGUGGAGAAUAACCGCCGGGAUGCUGAAGACUGGUUUGACACCCAGACCGAGGAGCUGAGCAAGCAGGUGGUGUCGAGCUCGGAGCAGCUGCAGUCCUGCCAGGCGGAGAUCGUCGAGCUGAGACGCACGGUCAACGCCCUGGAGAUCGAGCUGCAGGCCCAGCACAGCAUGAGAGACGCUUUGGAAUCCACCCUGGCGGAGACCGAGGCCCGCUACGGUGCCCAGCUGUCCCAGGUGCAGGGCCUGAUCACCAGUGUGGAGCCCCAGCUGGCCGAGAUCCGGGCUGACCUGGAGCGGCAGAACCAGGAGUACCAGGUGCUGCUGGAUGUCCGGGCCCGGCUGGAGUGCGAGAUCAACACCUACCGGGGGCUGCUGGAGAGUGAGGACAGCAAGCUCCCCUGUAACCCGUGUGCCCCUGACAGCUCGCCCUCCAAGUCGUGCCUCCCCUGUCUUCCUGUGGCCUCCUGUGGUCCCAGCGCAGUCCGCACAACCUGCAGCCCCCGCCCUAUCUGUGUGCCCUGCCCUGGGGGCCGGUUCUGAGAAUGGCUGACCCAGAAGGCCAUGGCCAUCAUCUCCAGGAUGCGGACCUGGCCUCUACUCAACCCUAACCCUUACAGCCUAAUCCCCUCUCUUGGCACAGAGCCCAGGCCCGGAGUCUGGCCCUGGGAGAGCUCACUGCACACACACCUUACGUUUCCCAGAGCCCGUCACUAAGGCUGGCUGCCCCGAAGGCCUCCACUCCUCAUCAUUUCAAUGGGUGCCAGGGUCUCUGUGUUCAGGCUGCCUCCUGGGCCAGGUAUUCCUUCUGGGUGCUGUUCCAGUGGGUUCUGAAAUGCAAUAAAGGCUCCUGUUUGUGGAACAAUAAAACGCGUUUGCUCUGGC